AUGCCCAACUUAUGCCAAGACUUUUGGACACUUUUAGAAUCCACCCCCUCCGUUCCCCACAAUCCCAACCGCACACCUUCCUUCCUCCCCUCAAAGUCACAGCAUAUCAUAAAUUUACAGCACCAGAGAGACGCGAACUCGAACUCGAAUAAAUCAGACUACGCAUCCGAAAACACCCUACUCAUAAUAAGGAUCAAAAAGAAAAGAGGAAAACGGUGAAAAAGGCGCCUCAGCCCUGGCAUGCAACAAGAAAGGGAAAAAGAAAGAAAAAAAGCACCAGCAUAUCAUAGCGGACAAGGCGACUCCAACGACAAUCCAAUUAUCCGAUUAUAUGGCGAUAUGUAGGGCACCACCCUUCCACCUCCGCCCUACCAGUCACAGUGAAUUACUCGUAUGAGCAGCAGCAUUUAACUCACCGCACGGUGUAACAAGUCGCCUGAGCACGCUUACGAUAUGAGGCUGUCCGUCUGUCUGUAUGCUAUCAAGCGAAGAUAUGAUUAUACUUACUCGAGUACGGUAUGGUAAGCUGGCUUUAGGAUAGAUAGAUGAUUGGUUGCGUUGCCUACGCUACUGCGCUCGAGUAAUGCGGGUAGACUAGGCAUGGGGCAGUCGGAACUCAUAGUGCUCUUGACGGGCUCAAAUCACGUUCCCGCACGGAUGCUGGCCUUGAGCGUGAAUAUUGUAACUUACUCUCUCUGAUCCUUUCUUUCAUUCAUAUUGUUUCGUUCAAUUGUUUAGUGAAUGAUAAAAGAUCAAUAUACUACA